UGGGUUGCCAAGGUAUGAAGCGUCGAUGGCGGCGGCGGAGAUAUCGCAGGCGAGAAUGAGAGAGGGAGACAGAUAGAGCCGGAGGGAAAGAGACAAAGAGGAAAACGGAGAGGAGAGGAAUGAGGACAUUUUACCGAUAUCGUGCGAAAAGCAGUUGAUCUCUGUCCUUUGACGGUGAUUGGAUGAUUCAUCCGGUGGCUACGUUCCGAUUGGGAGAUGGCUGAGCUGCAUAUUAUCGGACAGAUUGUUGGAGCAAGUGGUUUCCCGCACAAAAGCCUGUUUUGUAAAUGGGGGCUGCAGACAGGCUGUGCUUGGAAGCUACUUUCUGGCUUAAGAGAAGGGCAAACACAAGUGGACAACCCUGUAAUCCAGGACAUGGCCUACUGGUCACAUCCUAUUGAUGUACAUUAUGCGACCAAAGGUCUCCAAGGCUGGCCCAAACUGUACAUGCAGGUCUGGCACCAGGACUCAUUUGGCAGGAACGAGCUGUGUGGCUAUGGUUUCUGCCACAUCCCCAGCAGCCCAGGUACUCACGAUAUCCAGUGCGUCACCUGGCGACCCCUGGGCACCUGGCAGGAACAGCUCUCCCAGAUGUUUGUGGGCGGCGGUCCCCAGCUGAAACAUAGUGACCUCAUUUACACCGGGGCUGACCGCUAUCGACUCCAAACCAUGGCCAUGGGCAAGGUCCACCUCCAGCUCAGCAUCAUUCUCCGUAAUUUUGACCAGUAUGGUGUGGAGUACUGAAUGGAUUGUCAAGAGACAGACUUCAUGGUGAAUGGUGACUGGUGAUCUUCAGUCCUCUCUCUGACUUUUUCCACCUCUUUCUUCGUGCCUUCCAGAAGUUUCUGUCACCUUGGACUGCAUGCAGAAUUCCUGUGGCACAUAUUUGUCAGGUUCCAGCAUGGUCUUUGCUCCCUGCAUUAUAUGGCGGUUCCAUUUAUAACAGGAAUUGUCUGUAUAUCUUCUCAGUGUGGGCUUGAUGUCGGUUAUCAUUCCAACCUGAUGACUGACUUGCAUGGUAACAUUGUGUUGGUGUUUUUCCCACUGGAUACAUUUCGUGCUGCAGCACAUCAAGUUUAUAUAUUUGGAAGAUGUCAUUUCUAAAAUGUGUACAGUGAUGGUGAAGUCUAAAUUCUGUGAUUUUAUGAAAGCAGAGAUGGCAAUUUGUCAGCUAUGCAGACUGGAAUGUCAAGCUCCAUGCAGAACCUGUGUUUGAUUGCUGAUAUUGGGAGGGACCAUAGCUUGUGUGGUAUGGUUACCGCUGGGUUAGGGGGUUUGGUGUGGGGAUGGGGGCUAACAGUUCUUUUCAGGAUUACUGGCAAUCGUCUCUACCUGAAGAAUGUCCAAGCAAAGACGGUGGAAUGGAUAAGAGGUUGUGGGUUUGAAUCCUUCUUUGGUCAAAUUAUUUAGUUAUUCAUUAUUCUGACGUCAUUCAGAAACUGUCCCCCCAGUGAGAGUCAGCUUCUUCAGGAUCAUUCAUCCCAGUGAGAGUCAAUGCCUUCAGGAUUAACAUCCCAAUGAGAGCCAGCCCCUUCGGUAACUGUCUCCCCGUGAGAGCCAGCCCCUUUGCGAACUGUAUCCAAGUGAGAGUCAGCCCCUUCAGGAACUGUAGCCCAGUAAGUGUCAGCAUCUAUGGAACGGAUUGCAAUGGGGAGUAAAUAUGGAACUGAUGUAAAAUGACUGACUAUUGCCUGUUCCAAACUAACACCUGAAUAAAUCUCCAUAUGUGUCUUAGGAAGCUGAUUAAUUAUCUUUGAUUACAUGAUACUAUAAAGCUUUUCUGAACAGAAAUGUAUUAUUCUGCUUCGACUGCAAAACUAACUUAUUGAAAGAGCAAUGUGCAUUUUAUAUAACUCAA